AUGCGUUCAUCUUAUUCUGCCGGCAUGCGCAAUUCACCAUCGCCUUCACCAGAUCAACAGUCUCAGCGUCCGACCAGCUCGAUGGGAAAUGCUAAUGGACUGCGAUUCUCACACGGCAACAAGAUGGGCUUGCCAAAUGAAAACAUCAUGCGAAUGUCGCAGUCCUCCCAGGAAUCACCGCGUGUGAUGAACUUGGGGAAUGGCGGGCAUAUGACAGGUUUAGGCCGAGGCAGCAACCUGCGCCCAAGUUCGGAGAUGCUUCCUGUCGGGCAACAUGGUACACCUGAAACGGACGUUAUCGACAAAUGGUUCGAGGACCUUCAAAAUUACGAGGCUACAUUAGAGGAAAUGGCGGCAGCAUCUCUUGACCAAAAUUUUAAGGAAGAAUUGAGUGCGAUUGAGCAGUGGUUCCGGGUAUUGAGCGAAGCAGAGCGUACAGCUGCGCUGUACAGUCUUCUUCAGGAGUCAACACAAGUCCAAAUCCGCUUUUUUAUUACUGUUUUGCAGCAAAUGGCUCGAAACGACCCUGUCGGUGCAUUUAUUUCGCCCAAUCCUUCAAACCAAUCUUUGAACGACCAGCUGGAAGCCAAAAUGGCACAGCUGGGUAUUAAAUCUCCCACAGCCAUGAAAUCUCCUUCCACUAAUACGCGAGCAUUUCAGCGCCAAAGCACCGGCUUCCUUUCACCCAAUUCGGCGUCAUUGUAUGGCUCUGCUAAUCCCGAUGUCUCCGCCGCGCUGGCCGCGCAAAGGAGCAAACUAAAAGCGAAUCGAACGUCGGCUCCUGGUAUCUUACCUAUGGAAUCGAUGACGUCUUACCAUGGCAACUCUGGCUUAGAAAACGUCCAAGAAAAACCUCGGACCAACACGGGGAACGCCCACGAGCGUCCACACUCAUCGGAUGUCUCCCGUUCUCCUCGUGCUAGUGGAUCUAUUGAAGAUGCCCUUUCACCCAUAAGUGUGGGUGGCAGUUGGGCUAGUAUGGUCAACACGCCUAUCAUGUCAAUGUUGGACAACAACAAUAACUCCCGCUCAGACGAUACCAACGCUAAAUUAGAGGCUACAGCAGCUCAGCUGGCUCAACUCAGUCACCACAUGUCUGCGACGCAAGCAGAAACACCCGACUCUGCUCGCAUGACUCGCGGUAGUAGUGCUCCAAGCAACACCACUCGCGGUUUUGCCGGUGAUCAGGCUGCCGGUCAUGCCAACCUUAUGAACACGCCAGCCAAACUUGGCAACAGCCCCCCGUUCAAUAUUCCUGCAAUGAGUCCCAAUGCCCUGGCCGGUUUGCAAAGUCCCUCAGGUGGUAUGUCUAACCCAGCCAAUCUUCAAAUGAUGAAUACGAUGGCCGCUAUGGGUGGUUUGAAUAACAUGAACUCGGCACAGCUUUUGGCGCUUCAGCAACAGAUUCUUCAGCAGCAGCAGCAACUGAAUAUGGCAGGCUUCGGAGCACAAGGCAUGCGCGGUGCGGGUCGCUCGAGCCAUCGUAAUUUCGGAGGAUUGCAAAGUCCACCCAUGGCUCCACGUAACUUGGCUGGAUCACCUCAACCGUCUUCACAUGUUUCAGGAGCUCAAGCCGAAGAGGAGGUAGCGGAUAUCUCUAUUCUCAACGAUGUGCCUGCUUGGCUCCGGCAUUUGCGCUUGCACAAGUAUACGCCUAACUUUGAGGGUUCUAACUGGCGUGAGAUGGUCAUGAUGGAUGAUCGUGCGUUAGAAGAAAAGGGUGUGGCAGCAUUGGGUGCACGUCGUAAGAUGCUCAAGACAUUCGAGGCUGUUCGUCAAAAGUAUGGAAUUGACCCGCCGGUCAACCCCCAGCCGGCGAGUACUGCCUCAGAGGGCAAGGCUUCUGAGAUGUCCUCCGAACCAAAUGCGUAA